GCGGGCGGCGGGCGCACUCCGGCAGAGCCAUGCUGGCGGCGCGCGUGGAGUAUAUCGCGCCCUGGUGGGUGGCGUGGCUGCACCGCGUCCCGCACGUCGGCUUGCGCCUGCAGCCGGUGGACAGCACCUUCAGGCCCCGCGAUGAGAGUUACCAGGAGUCGCUGCUGUUCCUGGGGCUGGUGGCCGCCGUCGGGCUGGGCCUGAACCUCGUCUUCCUCGCGGCUUACCUGGUGUGCAUGUGCUGCUCCCUGCAGAACAGUGCGGUGCAGACCAAGCGUCGCCACCCCUGCUGCAUCACCUGGACGGCCGUGGUGGCUGGGCUCGUCUGCUGUGCUGCGGUGGGCGUUGGUUUCUAUGGAAACAGCGAGGUCAACGACGGGGUGUACCAGCUGAUCUACUCCCUGCACAAUGCCAACCACACCUUCUCUGGAAUCGAUGUGCUGGUGUCUGGAACCACCCAGAAGAUGAAGGUGGACCUCGAGCAGCACCUGGCCCGGCUCAGUGAGAUCUUUGCCACCCGGGGAGAUUACCUCCAGACGCUGAAGUUCAUGCAGCAGAUGGCGGGCAACGUCAUCGUGCAGUUGGCAGGGGUGCCCGUGUGGACAGAGGUCACUGAGGAGCUGACCGAACUGGCCAGCCAGACUGGCUACGUGGAGUACUACCGGUGGCUCUCCUACCUCCUGUUCUUCGUCCUGGACCUGGUCCUUUGCCUCCUCGCCUGCCUGGGACUGGCCAAGAGCUCCAGGUGCCUCCUGGCCUCGGUGCUGUGCUGUGGGGUGCUGGCCCUGCUCCUCAGCUGGACGUCCCUGGCCGCUGACACUGCUGCGGCAGUGGGCACCGGCGACUUCUGCGCGGCUCCCGACGCCUUCAUCCUGAACAUCACGGAGGGCCAGCUCCGCACAGAGGUGACCCGUUAUUACCUGUAUUGCAGUCAGAGUACAAGCAGCCCCUUCCAGCAGGCACUGACCGUCUUCCAGCGCUCGCUGAGCAACAUGCAGACCCAGGUGACGGGACUGCUGCAGUUUGCGGUCCCGCUCUUCCCCACGGCAGAGAAAGAUCUGCUCAGAAUCCAGCUCCUGUUGAAUUCAUCCGAGUCCAGCCUCCACCAGCUGAUGGCCAUGUUGGAUUGCCGGGGGCUGCACAAGGACUACCUGGAUGCCCUCACUGGCAUCUGCUACGACGGCCUCAAGGGCCUGCUGUACCUCGGCCUCUUCUCCCUCCUGGCCGCCCUCGCCUUCUCCACCAUGAUCUGCAUGGGGCCAGGGGCCUGGAAGCACUUUGCCACCAGGGAUAGAGACUACGACGACAUCGACGAUGACCCCUUCAACCCCCAGGCCCGGCGCAUCGCCGCCCACAACCCCCCUCGCGGGCAGCUUCGCAGCUUCUGCAGCUACAGCAGCGGCCUGGGCAGCCAGACCAGCCUGCAGCCCCCGGCCCAGACUAUCUCCAAUGCCCCCGUCUCGGAGUACAUGAACCAAGCUGUGCUCUUCGGUGGGAACCCACGCUACGAGAAUGUGCCGCUUAUUGGAAGAGGCUCCCCUCCGCCCACGGCACCGUAUCCUGGGCCCGAUGGACAAAAAUGACCCAGGCACUUGUUUAAAAAUACCAGGCCAGGGACUUCACUGCAGACGUAGCCCGGGUGAACCUCGUCAUCAAGCAAGUUUGGAAAAUACUGCUUCAAGGAGGAGGGUCUCACUCUUGAACAUCCAUCACCUGGAGGACUCGUGACAACACAGGCCGCUGGAUAUCUGGGGCGGGGCUCGGGGGUUUGCAUUUCUGACCUGUUCCCAGGUACAGCCUGAAGCCUGCUCAGGGGCAGGUUUCCUCACUCGGCGUACCAACACUUGAGCCAGGUCCUUGCGUGUCACGGGAGCUGUCCUGUGCGCUGCCGGAGGUUUAGCUGCGUCCCUGGCCUCCACCCACGCGAUGCCAGUAGCACCCCCACUCCAUAGCCCCCAGCCAUGACAACUGAAAAUGCCUCCAGACAUUAACCAGAUGUCCCCUGGGCAGGGGCAAAAUUGCCCCUGGUUGAGACCCACUGGGUUAAGGAGUCUCAGGCCCCUACUCCCUGCCCCCCAGCUGGAAGCCUUUGUCCAUCUCUGGCAUGAACGGCCUAGACCUGGACCCCGGAAACAUCCCUGGCGCUAGGAGACAGUCAGGGUCCUGUGGAGCAUUGCUACUUGGAGUUAGCUGCCCAGCAGCACCUGGAGCUUGUUAGAAAUGCAGAAUCUCAGGUCCUACGUGUGAUGUGAGAUGUGCUAACCUAAGAAGCCGCAUCUCUACUUCCGAGCAGAGGCUGGCUAACAUCUCCUGUGAAUGAACGCUUAAGCUUCGUGUUUCUCCAACUUGGCUGCACUUGGAAGAACUUACAAAAAAUUAUUGGUGGCACUUAAUUUAUUUUUUUUUUCUGUAAGAUAAUUAUAGUCUCAUUUUUCUCACAUCAAAAGGAGAAAACAACUUAUCUCUCCUGUCCUAACAUUUAAUGAGCAGUUUGCCAGCUAAUUUAAAUGAAUUUAUCUUGUAAUAUAAUCACCCUGACGAUCUUAGAUCAUUCCAGUAGUGUCAAGCUUGUUUUACGAACUAGGACACUGAGUCUAAGAGGGUUAAUGUGAACUGCUAAGAGCUACACAGCUAGUAAUAAUGAUGAUAAUAAGCAAUAAUAGUGAUAACGUUUAUUGAGCACCUGCUAUUAAGCUGAUUCAGACAUCGUCACUUUUAUCUAGUAGUAGCAGAUACUGAGCUGCUCGAUUUGCUCUCCACCUCCUCACUUGUCUUAGGCAGGGUCCCAGGACCCAGGAGAUAUGUACCCACCUGCAUGCAGGUGUAGCCCACAGCAUGACUGUCCCAGCUUUAUGGAGGGAUUUGCUUUUGCACUACUCGAUGCCCCGUUGGUCAAGGAGGAACCUAAUGGGUCACUUGCCAGUGCUGGUGGCGGCACUUCAAAAGGCUUAAUUUUAUGUUAUGUGUGUUUUAUCAAUACUGGUGGGUGUGGCCUAGGUUUCAGGAUGCUUUUAGACCCACCCCCGCCCCCGCAGUGUCUCUGAUGCACAGCCAAGUUUGAGAACCCCUGUGUUAGGGGUCUUGCCUGCUUCAUAUCAUUCCAUCCUUUCAGUGGAAAAGCUGAGUGCUCUUAGGUCCAUCGUGCAGGUGGGGAAACGGAGGCCUGGAGUGACUGGAGAACCUCCGCCGAGGUCAUGGGAUGAGCAAGGUGCACAGCUGGGAUUUGAGCUCUGAGUCAGUGGGCCUGUGCCCUCAGCCUGCCCACUAGGCGGGCUCCUAAGCACACUGGUGCAUUACGGUGGCUGGUCAGCGUGUGCAUCUUGAGUUUGAGGCUGGGACCCAGAUGUCCUGACGGCCCCAGGGUUGACAGCAUUGGCAAACACGAAGCCUGCCCGGGCCACUCGACUAUCCUCUGAUAAGCCCCACGAGGCCUUGACAUUGAAACUUGGUGCCCGGCCGCUGUGGCUGGCCCAGCUCGCACUUCCUCAGAAGUUCCAGCAUUUUUGCUAGGGCGGUGUCUGGUUUAACGGGUGAUGUGUGACCCUGUUCUGACCGUCCCCUCCCCUCUCUCCCACAGUACUCUCCCAGCAUGAGGGCCACCUACCUGUCCGUGGCAGAUGAACACCUGAGGCCCUAUGGGAAUGAGUUUCCAGCCUAACACACUUUCGGGAGUUCCUGCCUCCUUGAUCCGUUUUGGUUUUUAACUAAGGCAAAUGCAAGCGUGUUUCUUUCAUAGAAACCAAAGGCAUCUAGAGACUGUGAGUGGACCUACAGGAUUGGAAGGCUCCUGCUGGCGCAAGGGAGUGGCUGAGAUUCAGGGAGAAUCGGCCUGGGGUUGGCUGAGAUUCCCAGGCAGACAGAAGACCCAUGACUUGGACCAGCCUCUCCCUCCUUUGACCUCCCCUCCACACCGGAAAUGCCCUCCAGGUGCUUGGCCGUCCCUAAGCUGGGAGCCUGGUUCAGUUUGCCCCUGCAUCCCACCCUCACCAGGUGGUGAAUGACAGUGAGGAGGGACCGGGUCAGGCUUGAGGGUCCCCUUGCCUGGACUGUGCCUCCUCCUGGCUGCUCGGAUGGGUGCCAUUUCCCCACAGGUAAAGGUGGAAGGGCUGAUCAGGAGAUGACAUCCCUGAUGAGACCAGACACUGUCCAAAUCAGUCUCCCGGGGCCAGGUGGACUCUUCCUGUGCCACCAAGGGAAGGCAUUGGCAGGCUCUGCAUAGGAGGCUGGGGGACCAGAGCCUCGUGCCUGGUGGGCUUCCAGGUGGCAGGGGUGGGCCUGUCUUUCUGCAACCCUCUGUCGCCUCACCUCCAUUCCAGAAUCGCUGCUGUGAGUUUGCUCACUGCAGAUAGGGACAGUCUCAGGUAUUCACAGACACUUUGAAAGCAAUUCUAACUCUUUAUUGCCAGUGUUUUAAAGAUUUUUGAUUAUCCAAAGAAUUGAAACUCACAGCACAGCUGGUUUUUACUAUAGAUGUGGGGUUCAUCCCUCCCACCUGAUCUGUCUACCAAAAUAAAGACCAGUGAGACAUCCUGUCCCAAGAUGCUGAUUGAUGGGGAUGUGGGUUCAUCCCACCCCGAGGGAGGCAUUGUGAGAGAACAAAGUCUCUAAGAGGCAAGUCUGAACAUGAACAGAGUCUGGUCCAGGAGACUGGCUGAAUGCCCAGGUCAACUCUCCCCCCUCCCUUUUGUCUUCAGGAAAGUUUGUCAUAAAAGGUUUUAGCAGAAUGGGCUGACUAUGUCUUGAUGUGAAGACAGGUGUCUUCCCUACCUCUCCCACCAUCCCGUCCCCACCCCAUUGUCCCCCAGCCCCUGACCAACACCUGCUGGGAGCUUGUAGACCAGGAGGAAAUAAUCACCCACGAUCCUUCCCGCUGAGGAUCCAGGGUUAGGGUCUUUGGUGCUUCCAACCUCCUGCCGACGAAGAGUGCACGGCCCGGGAGCCUCCGCAGCCCUGCACACCGAAGCAGGGGCGCAGGGUAGUGUGGCUGUGGACAAGGGCUCCAUUUCCAUUUUGGAAGCGCCGCCUUCUGGUCAGAACACCGACAGCAGAGUGGUUCUCAGCCCCCAGCCAAGCCUCCACGACAGCGGGGCCACAGGGCCUCCGGGACUCUGUCUCCCCCCAUUCACCUGUACAUACGUGCACCACGAACCCACCUUCGUGAGGCCCUGUCACGUGCAGACAGGACUUGGCGACAUCAGGGUGAUGCUUCUUAACACUCGUUGUUGGCGACUAGAGUUGUUUUUAAUGCAUGUAAACUAAACUAGAAUCCCUUGGGUGGUUCCUGAAGGGACCAUGUGGGCACACCUCUGCUUGAUACGUGUGUGCCCUCACCUGGGGGAGAAAUAAACCACUGGUACUAAAAUGCA